GGAGGAUACAUUAAACCCGAUGAAUGAACGACAGCCGGGGGACGGGGCGAGCUGCUCCGUGCCUGAAGACCAGUUACGCAUAAGUGAUGACGAUGGUUCAAACAACAGUGCACGGAAUAGUAUAGAUCCAUUCCGAACGGAGAGCGAACCAGUGGACACGGAAUGCAUGCUGAGGACUGGAGUCUACUACAAGGGCAUAUAUUGGCCUUCCCUAUCUAAUAGUUUUAAAGACGAAACGGUAGAAUUAUCUUAUCAAAGGUAUUCACGACGGCAGCGGCAGAAGUCACUCAUAAUGGUCAACGUGGUUGAUUUAGCUCUUAAGAUAUCUUUAGCUCUCAUAUAUACGCUGUCAAAUAGAAAUAAUUCAGAAUCAACAGACGCGUACAAAAUAGCGUGGACGGCGGCGUUUUCCCUCCUCAACGUGUCUCUCGGUUUGCUGGGGACGUGGCGAUGCUUCGCCAACAACUACCUGCAUUGGGCUGCGGCAGCUACUUGGAUACUUCUUAUUGCUCAAGGUCUAAGCGGUCAAGGUAUAGGUUUUCAAGCGCCAGAAAACCAAGUAUGGUACAUGCUGUUCAUCAUUUUUGUACCAUAUGCGAUGCUCCCGCUCUCUCUGGGCUGGUGCAUCGUUAUCGGUCUCUUGUCGUCUGUUUCCCACGUGCUGGCCACAGCCGUGGACAUCAAAGACAUUAUGGAUAACAACCCGGAUGCUGCGAAGUCCUGCGCCAUGCGGCUCCUGAUAGCGAACGCGCUGCUAUACAGCGCGGUGAACUUCGCGGGCAUGUACGCCAAGUACCUGGCGGACUGGGGACAGCGCAAGGCGUUCCUCGAGACGCACCGCUCCAUGGUCACGCGCCAGCGCACCAAGCGGGAGAGCGACCGCCAGUGGAAGCUGUUCCAGAGCGUGAUACCGGACUUCUUAGCCACAAAAAUAUCUAGUCAUGUUUCAAAAGUGAAGGGCGAGUUCCAAGAACAACAAUUCAACAAUCUAUACAUUCAGAGGCACGAAAACGUGUCUAUAUUGUACGCUGAUAUAAAGGGAUUUACCGAACUAUCCAGCAAGUGCAGUGCACAGGAACUAGUGAAAUUGCUGAAUGAAUUAUUCGCGAGGUUCGACAGGUUGGCAUCGGAGAACCACUGCCUGCGCAUCAAGCUGCUGGGCGACUGCUACUUCUGCGUGAGCGGGCUGCCCGAGCCGCGCACCGACCACGCGUACUGCUGCGUCAACAUGGGCCUGCACAUGAUCCGCGCCAUCCGCGACGUGCGCUACAACGCGCAGGUAGACCUAGACAUGCGAAUCGGCAUCCACAGCGGCACGGUGCUGUGCGGCGUGCUCGGCCUGCUCAAGUGGCAGUUCGACCUCUGGUCGCAUGACGUCACGCUCGCCAACCACAUGGAGAGUGGGGGCUUGCCCGGGCGCGUGCACAUCUCGGCGGCGACGCUGGCGGGGCUGCGCGGCGCCUUCGAGGUGGAGCCGGGCGAGGGCCGCGCGCGCUCCGCCUACCUGCGCGAGCACGACGUCGACACCUUCCUCGUCAAGAGCACCGAGCGCCCGCGCCCCACGCGCCCUGCGCGCCCCGCGCCCUACCCCGCUGCUGUUGCAGCUAACCCACCUCAAGCGGCGAACGGUACAGCGCCGAGACGAAGAAGCGGCAGCAUUGAUGAAGAGACCACCACCGACUGGAUUCCGGAGAUGCCAUUUCAAAAUUACUUCAGCAACGGGCCGGGCGUGCUGCGCCGCCGCGCCUUCCGCCAGGCGGACGACGCGGAGCAAGGACAUGACGGCGACAUGGCUUCCAUGUCUGAGGAGGAUGACAUUAUAAACCACUCGAUAGAAGUGAGCAGUAACCGCAAGAUGCGUAUGGAGCACAUGCACCCCUGGUCGCUCCACUUCCGCCAGAAGUCCCUCGACACCCUGUUCUGCCAGCUCGAUGAGAAGACCUUCAAGUCCAAUGUGAUGUGCUGCCUCGUGCUGUGGCUGUUUAUACUGUGUGUCCAAUUUAUCAUGCACUACAACUGCCUGGCGCUGGUGGCGGCGCUGGUGGCGCUGUCGGCGCCGCUGGCGCUGUCGUUCGCGCUGGUGAUGGCGGAGGAGUUCCGCGCCGCGCCGCGCCUCGCGCGCGCCUCGGCCGCGCUCAGCGGCAGCCGCGCCCGCCGCAACCUCUACAUCUGCUGCUUCGUCACCAUCAUGUCCUUAUCCAGCACAGCAAAACUCUACAUCUGUCCAGCGUCAUUCCCAAACCUGGAAGCGAACACCAACUUCACGUUCACCAACACCACGGACGCGAAUGAGAAGUCCGGAGAGUGCUAUAGACCAGAGUACGUGGUGUUCACUUGGAUCCUGUGCCUCGUGGCGCUCACUUCCAUCCUGAAGCUUUACUACUUGAUCAAGACCUUCCUGGCGAUCGUCAAUGUGGCUAUCUACUCUGUUCUGCUGUUUGUCUACUAUAACGUAUAUUACUUUGACCCCACUAAUACAAACACGCAGCUCCCGUUCUACGUGCAAAUGAUGAUCCUGAUGGUGAUGUUCCUCAUCAUAGUGGUGUACCACGCGCGGCUGGUGGAGGUGACGUCGCGGCUCGACUUCCUGUGGCGGCUGCAGGCGCGCCGCGACCUCGCCGAGAUGACCGACACGCGCCGGAUGAACCGCCACCUGCUCAAGCACAUCCUGCCCGACCACGUGGUCAACCACUUCCUCAGCAAGGACCGCUGUCCCGACGAGCUGUACUCGCAGUGGCGCGACGAGGUGGGCGUGAUGUUCGCGGGCAUCCCCAACUUCCACGAGUUCUACUCGGAGGAGCGCGCCAAGGAGUGCAUGCGUCUGCUCAACGAGAUCAUUUUUGAUUUUGACAAACUCCUAAUGCAGCCGCGAUUCAAAAGCAUUGAGAAGAUUAAAACGAUCGGUGCGACGUACAUGGCCGCUUCCGGACUCAACCCAGACCAUAAGAGCGGGGACGACGACUGCGAGCACCUGUGCGCGCUCGUGGACUACGCGUUCGCGCUCAAGGACGCGCUCGAAGACAUCAACAGGAACAGCUUCAACAAGUUCCGCUUGAGAGUCGGUAUCAGCUGCGGGCCGCUGGUGGGCGGCGUGAUCGGCGCGCGCAAACCCGUGUACGACAUCUGGGGCAACACCGUCAACGAGGCCUCGCGCAUGGAGUCCACGGGCGCGCUUGGCCGCCUGCAGGUCACCAAGUACACCAAGCAGAUGCUGGAGCGGCAAGGGUACGGCGUGGAGGCGCGCGGCUGCGUGGCCGUGAAGGGCAAGGGGCGCAUGGAGACGUGGUGGGUGACGCGCGGGAGGGCGCGCGGGCCCGGCGCCCCGCCGCCCCCGCCCGCGCCGCGCUCGCUCGCCGCGCUCGUCUACACCAUGCUGCAGGCGCGCCGCCGCAUCUACACGCACCCGCUCGACGCGCCCGAGUCGGCGGCGAGCAGCGUGCGGCGGCGCACGGCGCGCGCGGGCACUGCGCCGAGCGCGCGCCGCCACCAGCUGCGCCGCGCGCACACGCGCCACGACCACCCCAAUCCACCGGGGCUAUGUGUACUGUAUACUGUAUACGCUCAAAUCGCUCGCGUCGUCGCUGCGGCGGGCUGGGCGUGCGCUCCCACUGACGGCGCCCCUCGCCGCAGCCGCUCGCUGCAGCUGGAGCUGCCGCUGGGGGCGGAGGGGCGCGAGGCGCGGGGGCGCGGCGGGGCGCAGAGCGCGUCGGCGCCGCACACGCCCACGGGCCCGGGCCCGGGCGCGCCCGCGGCGGCGGCGCGGCUCGGGCUGGGCGCGCGGCUGAAGGCGGCCAGCUUCUCGUACAAGUCGCGGCCGGCGCCGCUCAAGCCGCCCGACGACCGCGGCUCCGACAACUCCGUGUCCAACGGCCUCGGCUCCUUCCGCAUCAGGUCGCUCACCACCGCGUCCUUCUUUCGGAGCAGGAACAAGGAGAGGAAGAAAGAGGAGCCGGAUGGGAAUGGGGAGGCGGUCACUACGAGGAUGUGAAUUUACUAUUUAGUGCAGGUUUUUGUGUGUUCCCCGCCAGACUCGUCCUCAGUGACGAGCUCGAAGCCACCUAACGAAACUAGAUCGAAACUCCACUUCAUAUCAAACAUUCGUAGCAAUCACUAUAAAUUCUAGUUUUUUUUUAUUUAAAAUGUAUGAACGUAUAUUACGUACGUUUCGUUUUAUAAUCUAAUUGUUUAAAAUAUCGUUUUAUCAUAUUAAUGGAGAGCGUAUUUAUUUUAUUAAUUACGGAAAGAAUAAUAUUGUGAAGAGAAAAUAGAAAUAGGAAUAAAUAUCUAAACAUUUGUUGUGUUCAUAUAGGAUUUACCAAACCAAAAAUAAGUCUUUCAUUAGCUAUAAUUUGUCAGUCAAAUAGGUAUCAACCGAUUCGUGUCGUGCGAACAUAUUAAGCGUUUCCCUUUAAAAUAUUAAUUAUAAAAUCUUAUUAAUGUGUAUUUUGUACCCACCGAUAGCAAAUUAAAGUCACGUACUAAUCUAGGUAUGUUCAAGUAAAAGCUGACAAGGUUCCAGUAGUAUAUGAGUGUUAUAUCGAAAAAAGAACUGCCCUAAAUUUAAUUAUAUGUGUAUGUUGAUAUAUUUCAAUUUUAAGGUCCUAAUGACAUUCGAAACCGUGACAAAUGUUUCAUUUAAAACAGUCAAUAACACUCCAUCGCUAAAGCGAGCUCGUCCAGCUUUAGGGAUCCUUAGGACUGUUUAUGUAUUGUAGUAACUUUUGCAAUACACUUAUAUCGUCUCUAGGUAUAACUGUUAGUGUCGAAAGUCUUUUAAAAAAUUUUAUAGUUUUUUUUUUGUUUUAUAGCAUUGAAGUUUAAUAAUGACAAAUGCUGUUUUCAAUAACCGUUAAAACGGUUAGAUAUGUAGUAGAACUUUGGAGUUUGAAACUGUUAACAGAUUGUGAUUCGUAACAUUUGCUUCUUUUUCGUUAGACGAAUGCGAUGCGGAUCGUUGUUAUGUAUGUAUUGUGCCGUGAAUUUAUUUUCCCAAACACUCGACUUGUCGACGAACAAACUUUCGGUUUAUACGAUCGAAAAUAUACUUACGUUUAGAUUUAGUAUUAAAUCUAAGAUAACUCGCAAGAUAUGUAAGUCAUUUGUGUUGAACGGCGCUGGCGCCUUAAGUACCUAGUUAUUUUUACUUUACUUUAAUUUAAUAAUGUGCCAUUUUUGUUUAUUGAUAAAUUGAAUUGUAGACAUACUUUACUAUACAAAGCCCGAGUAAAGAGAGUCACUUUUCUUUACCAUAUUUUUUUUUCUUUUACGUAGUGUUAAUAAGUUAUAUUGUUAUCUCAUAUACUACAAUAUUGUAUAAACAUUAAUUUGCAAAUAUUUAUAAAUGUGCAAUGUUAAAUUAUAUGAAAAUAAAUCUAUUUGUAGUGUAGUGUUCAAAUGCCAAAGGUUUAUAAUUUUUAGACUUAAUAAAUGACGUAAAUUUAUUGUAAAUGAAUAUAAGAUAAGGGGAUGUCAAGAAACGCUAUAGUCUUCCAAGAGAAGAGAUUGUAUAGUUAGUAGAUAGGAAUUAUACUAAUUUAUUGUAAUUAUUUAUUGUUGAUAUCCUUAAUUGUGUUUAAGAUGCGUUAUUUAUUGUUUUAUAAUGUGCGUUUGAUUUUUUUUUGUGUUGGGACCAAAGAGAAUUAGAACCAAAAUAUCUGUCGCUUUCAGUUGUGUGAUUUAUGAUCGAAGAAUGUGUUAAAUUUUAAUCAAAAGCAUUGAGAAUCAUUUCCCGCGAUGAGCUGAAGCGCCACAAAUUAUUAAUUUUAUUUAACUUGUAUUAAGUUUGGGGUUUAAAUGAAGUUUUAUUAUGUUGAAUGGUAUGAUAAAAAAAUAAAUUUGUUAAAAAAUGUGUUAGUGCAAUAAUUCAAAAAUCAUUUUCCUAUUCUUUUGCUAUUUAAUCGCGAUAGUGUAAUAUAGCUUUAAGUGUAUGGAGGUCUAAGAUCUAGAUUUGUGUAGCAUAGCAUUGAUAAACCUCUAGUCUAGAAUUUUUGACGUACUUUUUAUUUUUUAUUUUCAUGUAAAUAUUUUUGCGAGAUCUGAUUAUUAUAGAACAAUCUAUUUUCAGUCGACAUUUUUUAUCAAUUUUAGAAAAGUCGUCCCUAAGUCUAUCAAGCCAAAUAUGUAUAUUAUUUA